ACGGCACGUAUGCAGCGUCAUAUCAUAGCCGACCAUGGCGGAAUGUGGUCGAGUUGACAGCAGCACAAGUAGUCACACCAUGGAUAAAAGCAUUACCCUUCCACCGGAUGAAAUUUUUCGUAAUAUGGAGAAUGCAAAGCGCUUUGCCAUAGACAUAGGUGGAUCUCUGACUAAGCUUGCUUACUACUCUACUGUUCAACACAAGGUGGCCAAAGUACGAUCCUUCGACCACAGCACAAAGGAAGCAGCAGGCGACAAGCUGUAUGAAAUAGCAGUACAGGAAGAGGUCACAGCUCGCCUGCACUUUAUCAAGUUUGAAAAUGCCUACAUUGAGACGUGCUUGGACUUUAUCAAAGACCACCUGGUCAACACCGAGACCAAAGUCAUUAAAGCUACAGGUGGAGGGGCCCACAAGUUUAAAGAGCUAAUAGAAAGGAAACUUGGGCUCAAAGUGGACAAAGAGGAUGAGAUGACCUGUCUCAUCAAGGGCUGUAAUUUUGUGCUGAAGAACAUCCCUCAUGAGGCUUUCGUUUAUGCCAAACAUGCUGACUCAGAGUUCCGCUUUCAGACCACUAAUCCUGACAUCUUCCCCUACCUGCUUGUGAACAUCGGCUCAGGGGUCUCGAUAGUCAAGGUUGAAUCAGAGGACAAAUUUGAGCGAAUAGGUGGAAGCUCAAUAGGUGGUGGGACAUUCUGGGGCCUUGGAGCAUUGCUCACCAAGACAAAGAGAUUUGAUGAGUUACUACAGUUGGCCUCUAAGGGACAGCAUUCGAGCGUCGAUAUGCUUGUCAAAGACAUCUAUGGAGGAUCUUACGCAUGUUUGGGGUUGACUGGAGAUCUAAUAGCAAGUAGUUUUGGGAAGUCUGCAACAGCUGACAAAGAGUUCUCUAACGAAGACAUGGCCAAGAGUUUACUCCAUAUGAUCAGCAACGAUAUUGGACAGCUAGCCUGUCUGUACGCCAAACUCCACAACCUGUCCCGAGUGUACUUUGGAGGCUUCUUUAUCAGAGGACACCCUGUCACCAUGCACACAAUAACAUAUAGCAUCAAUUUCUUUACAAAGGUAAGAUUUAUUUACUUUUAUGACACAAAUUCUGUCAUCUGCUAUAUGUGUUGGUCAUAUGUUGAGCCCCCUCAUGUUCUGUUAUUGCAGGGUGAAGUUCAGGCUUUGUUUUUGAGACAUGAAGGCUAUCUUGGAGCCAUUGGAGCUUUUCUCAAAGGAGCAGAGGAAGAUAAUCCAAACCAGUACAGUUGGGGUGAAAACUAUGCAGGAAGCUCUGGUUUGAUGAGUGUCUCUCCUGACAUGAAUCCAAUGCAGCGUGCUCGCAGUGGAACAUUUGACAUGUUAGAGAUGGACCGUCUGGAUAGACAGCUGGUGAAUUUGCCUCUGCUCCAGGAUCCUUCCUCCUACAUUCCCGACACAGUUGACCUCACAGAGGACGCUCAUGCCCGGGAAUACUGGCUAUACUGCUUUGAAGAAGCUUUAGAUGGGGUGGUGAAGAGAGCUGUAGCGAGCCAGCCGGACAUACCGGAGGCAGUUGAGCGAGCAGAGAAGUUUCGUCAGAAGUAUCUACACAAACUUCAAACUCUGCGCCAUCAGCCAUUUGCUUAUGGAUCCCUCACUGUCAGAAGUCUGUUAGACACGAGGGAACACUGUUUAAACGAGUUCAACUUUCCUGAUCCCUACUCUAAGAUUAAGGAAAGGGAAAACGACAUUGCUCUCAAGUACUACCAGAACGCAGUGAAGUCCUUGGAGGAGCUGAGCUGGGAGGACAGACAGUUUGCUCUGGUUAGGGGCGUCUUGGCAGGGAAUGUUUUUGACUGGGGAGCCAAGGCCGUGUCAGAGGUCCUGGAAUCUAACCCCGAGUUUGGAUUUGAAGAAGCUAAGCGACGAUUAGAAGAUCGGCCAUGGCUCGUUGAUUCUUUUGAUCAGUGGCUCGAGAGAUUAAAGGGUCCUCCUCAUCGGUGUGCCUUAUUUUUUGUGGAUAACAGUGGAGUAGACAUCAUUUUAGGGGUGAUGCCUUUUGUCAGAGAACUUCUCUCUCGGGGAACAGAGGUUGUGUUAGCUAGUAAUUCCGGUCCAGCUUUAAAUGAUGUAACAAACAGCGAACUUCAGAUUCUGACUGAAAGAAUCGCAGCAAUGGAUCCUGUGAUUGACUCUGCCCUGAGGGAGGACAGGCUGACAUUAGUCCAGAAUGGUUCCAGUUCUCCCUGUUUGGAUCUGAGCCGCCUGGACAAGGUGCUGGCGAUGUUGGUGAGGGAGCGGCAGACCGACUUGGUGGUCAUCGAGGGAAUGGGUCGAGCCAUCCACACCAACUACUAUGCCAUGCUCAGCUGUGAGAGCCUCAAGAUGGCUGUCAUCAAGAACUCGUGGUUGGCCGACCGACUGGGAGGAAAACUCUUCAGUGUGGUUUUUAAAUACGAGGUUCCAGCCGGAAAACCCCAGUAGGAGGCUUCAGCUCUGACGCCACAAAGAAGUUUAAAUUAAACACAGUAGUUAAUCAACUAGUACAGUUUGACUGGAUCACCGAAUGUAAUGACUGGGAUUGUAAAUUCUAAUUUGAUGAGCAUUUGUUUUUAAGGGUGAUCAUUUAUAGAAGUUUUUUUUUAUUUUUUCCUUGCAUUUUUGGUUUUACUGUUUCAUGAACUCCAGGGGUUCUCCCUCUUCCCCAUCCCAAGUUUCUGUCUAGCUGUGUGUUCAGUCAUCACUGCCGGUUCAUCUCACUCGUCGCCUGAGAAAUCAAAACUCUGUGUUUAGAAAACUGUUGCAGAAGUUAAAACGUAUUCUGAAACCUCUGUUGAAAAGGAAAAAAGAGUAGAAGCCUCUGUUUGUUGCGUAGAUAGCCACGGAAACGAGCAGUUGGAUCAUUAACAUUUCUUAUCCAUGUAGCACACUUUAUUGAUGCCAUGAAAUGUAUUUAAUGUGCCUUAAGCUUGAUAUGAUACAAACAUCUUUUACUCAGAUUGUUUCAUUCUUGUUGCAAGUUUAACUGCUUUUGGUCCAGCUCAUGUUUGUUGCACAUUAAGGAAAGAAAACAAAUCACUAUUUGACUGCCAGCAAUUAAUUGGAGAUUAAGGAAUGGAGUAUUGUCUCUGACAUUUGUUUAGAGGCUAAGAGUCAGAAAAUAUUUCAUCAAAGUGGGGAAGAAGCUGCACUUUACCACUGUAAUUAAAGGCACCGGCAUGGUUUCCUCCACUGGGUGGCAGUAUUCUACAGUGUAGAUAUUUAUCUUGAUCAUAUCCUUCCCAAGGUGCCUGGUGUCAAAAUUAACACUGCAUAAUUCAGGUUAAGCGUUCUGUGAGCAUCUCAAUAGUGAGAAAAUGUCAUUUAUUUUCAGCAGUUCACUGGCAUGCUAGAAUACACUCUAUAUUCCAUUUAUUUCAAAAAACAAAUAAUCAGAGUUUGAUGCAAUAAUACUGCAGCACCUGGUCGAUAUUGUGGUAGUGAAGUUAGUGGGUGCAUAACUUUAUUUUUAAAAAGGUAUGAUUUGAGGUGUAAAUAGAUUAGAAAAGCAUCAAUGUGGAAAUAUCUCCACAAAAACUUUUGGACCCGUGUUUCAAUGCUUUAUUUCUUCUUUUGUACAUAUGUGAUAUACAAGUGUGAGUGUAUGUGUAAAUAUAUACAUAUUAUAUAAAAUCCAGCUGUAUCUCUUCACUUAGCCACACAAAGCACAGAUUUUGAGUAUUAUUCUUCUGACAAUCAGUUUUAAUUAAAUUGCGAAAACAUCGA